AUGGAUAUUAUAGCACCAUCUCCAUCACGGGUUCUCAAGGAAAGGGGAAUUGUGAACGAUUGGAAUUUGAUCGCGUCAAAAGUCCGGGGUAGGACAAAUAAGGAUUGCCGGAAGAGAUGGAGCAAAGUGGGAAAGGAGGUCAACAAAGGACUAUGGGAUCAUGAAGAAGACGGCCGACUGAGGAGAGGAGUAGAGCAACAUGGCACUUAUUGGACUAUGGUUGCCGAAAUAGUACAGACAAGGCAUGCAGACCAAUGCGCUAAGAGAUGGUAUCAUUUUCUCGAUCCAAAUAUCAGUCAUGAGGAUUGGGAUAGUGAUGAGGAAGCCCGACUCUUAGAGGCUGUCCACGUACACGGAAGGAGUUGGAAGAGCAUAAGUGAGAAAGAGUUCCCAAACCGCUCACCAACAGAUAUAAAGAACAGAUACGUUAUUAUGGAACGAAAGGGCCGAUUGAAACGACGGAAAGCAUCUACAACUCAGUGUACUCCAGUACGAGAACGCAACGGUUUCGACUUUCCCAAGUCUGAAAGACUCGACCAAGUUUUGCACACAGAUUCAUCACCUGACAAUGUGAUGGAAUACGAAACCGAGAACUCUUUGAUGGGGCAAUUGCCACUCCCGGGACUUCCACUUCAGCUCACUGCCCAGCAACUGUCCCAAAACAACUACAACAACGAUGCACACUCACUUUUCAAUUUUGAUGGGCUACCACCUUUACAAUUCAAUGACAUGUCCUAUUCAUCUACGGAACCUUCGUCACCCGGAGUUUCAUUGGCCCAAAAUUCGGUACCUUCGGGAUACAACAUGGGAAUACCAACAGUUGGCGGUCUUACCAGUGAAACGGAAGCAGACAUUGAUCAGCUUUACUGUGAAGAUAUGAACUUUGAUUUAGCAUUGGCCGAGGCAUUCUCGGCACCAGACCACCGACAAUCGAUAGCUUCUACGCCACCGACCAUGAGCUCGGUAUCCGAUGUCCCGGCUGGACAUAAUUACAAGUUGAUACUCGAGGAUGUGAAGCCGGAUACCUUGUUCUCCAUUGUGAACAUGCUUGUGGAGUCCAGGAGUAAUGUAAAGAUGGAGGUCUUUAGUAACGUUGCUUAA